UACCAGAUAUUACAUUUCGUCAAAAGAAAAAAGUUUUAUUAGCAGUUAAUUUCCGGCAACGAGUAUUUAAUAAAAUGGCGGUGAAAACAAACUAAUGUUUUGUUGAAUGUAUACAAAAAUUUCAUUGAUACGGAAAAUUUAAUUAAUUUAUUCGUAAUAUUAUAUAUCAUACAUUAAUAACAAUAAAGAAAUUGUGUCGAAUAUUCUCAGUAUAUCAUAAAACAGCAAAACAGGAUUUUUCAUUGACUAAAUUGAUUUAAUUUUAGAAUUUUGUAUAUUUAUAACUUAUAAAUUCUUAGUAACUUAUUAUUUAUACAAUAUUUGCAAUAUUUAUACGAUGACUGCAAAAAUAUAUCAACCAGAUCAAGAAUUAGAGACGAAGGUUAAAAAAGCAACUGAACGUAUAUCUGAAAACAUGCAUAUAGUUGCAAAUGAACCAUCGCUUGCAUUUUAUAGACUUCAGGAACAUGUAAGGAAGGCAUUGCCUCCUAUGGUGGAUAAACGAGUAGAAGUGCUUACACUUCAACAGCAACUUUUAGGCAGGUGUUAUGAUGUAGAGUAUGCUGUAAGCGCUAUUAAGACAAUGCAUGGUGCUGGGAAGAGUUUUGAGAACACUUUAGAAUUUAUCAAGAAUGCUAUAUUUUUCAAACAACAAUUAAAAUAUGAAGAACAGCGUAGGCACAAGAAAGAUGGAAAUAGAGAUUCUGUAUACAAGAGACUAUCUGCACACAUUCCUACCUUAGAUCAUUUACCAGACGAAAUAUCUGAUGUUGUAAGAGAAACUGCCAAUAGGGUAGAGUCUAUGAUGAAUCAUGCCAGAUAUUCUACCGAGGUUCAAAAAACAAAUUGAACUUCACAAUUGACAAUUUAAUGUAUUAAAAUAUAAUAUUGUCAAGAGAUAUAAAUGUGGAUAUUGUAAAUAAUUGAUUUUAACUAUAGACGAAUAACUUGUUUAUAGUUAAAAAAUUAUGUAAAAAAAUGUAUAAUGAAAGUGAAAUAAAUUAUUGUUCUUA